CUUUGAGCGGAAAACGGUGACGCUGCUGCGGAGCUCUGGAUCCUGAUUGGUUCGCGGCUCCUCCUGAAGGUCAGCGCCGCCCAGAGGAGUCAACUCCCCCCUGAAUGUGCGCUGCUUAUUGGAGGAAGCUGUACUGAAAAAGUCCGCCUCUGUCCCGCUCUGCUGGAAGCUUUUCUGGUUGGUUGUUGACAGCUGCAGCUCCAACGCCGCCCCUCCUGCUCUCCGCGGACAUAAAAAGCCGUUUUCAGCAGCUGCUCGUCACUGUUUUCUCGAGUUUUCACUCCAACAAACAACCGAUAACAAUGAGUGGCCGCGGAAAGACCGGAGGUAAAGCCAGAGCGAAGGCCAAGACCCGCUCCUCCAGAGCCGGACUCCAGUUCCCAGUGGGCCGUGUUCACAGGCUGCUGCGCAAAGGUAACUACGGAGAGCGAGUCGGUGCCGGAGCCCCCGUCUACCUGGCCGCUGUGCUCGAGUAUCUGACCGCUGAGAUCCUGGAGCUGGCUGGAAACGCCGCCCGCGACAACAAGAAGACCCGCAUCAUUCCCCGCCACCUGCAGCUGGCUGUCCGCAACGACGAGGAGCUCAACAAGCUGCUGGGCGGAGUCACCAUCGCUCAGGGCGGCGUGUUGCCCAACAUCCAGGCGGUGCUGCUGCCCAAGAAGACCGAGAAGGCCGCAAAGGCCAAGUAGAGCUGCCUGCUUCAACCAAACACACAACGGCUCUUUUA